GAGCAACUAUUGUGUUUUGUAUCUUAAAAACGAUAUUGUAAUGCAUGAUUUUUUGGACAGCUUAAAUACAUGCGUAAAUAAUCGAAUGAAUUUAGGUGCGGCUCUGUUGACUAUUGAGUAGCUCAAAUUAUGCGCAUCCUCCGAUACUGUAUGCGAGCCAAGAAUUCAGCAAUGUCAUUUAAACAACAAAUCGAUACCAGUUAGGUUACCAUUAUAUUUUGAUUACAACAGGGAAUGCGUCAGUAUAAUUAGACUAGAUUGUUACACAAUCUAUCUGUCUAAUUUUAAAGUCAUUGAUUCACCUGCUCCUUGUCUAUCAUGAUGAAAAUCAGAUAUUUGCACAUAGCCUACUGGAAUGAUAGCCCAGCCAUGAAUCAUAACUUGUUUUACUUUUAACAACUUGAUAUUUUACAGAAAAUGGUUGAAACAACAGCAACCACGUUUGCAUUCAUUGAUCAGGCUCAAUACACAAUUGAUAUACAUGAUGACAAUGACAGGUUAUCAAUGAGUGACAUUGACCUCUGUUAAGUGUCAGUGUGGCCGAUCUGUAUAAAAUAGGGCAAUAAUACAAUCAUUUCACCACACAUUGAUUCCAUAUUGGGAGGUUUAAAAGAUAAUUAUGCAAUUUCAUAAAAACAAAAAUGCCCUGCAAUUCAUACCUGCAAAUCCACAUAUUAUAGCUUAUUGCCAUCAGAAACAUGAACAAGCUGGGAAGUGUGUAGUCCCCCGAGCCUACAGGGCCUCCCGAGUGGCACAGCGGUCUAAGGUACUGCAUCGCAGUGCAAGAGGCGUCACAACAGACCCGCGUUCGAUCCCGGGCUGUAUUACAACCGGCCGUGAUCGGGUGUCCCAUAGGGCGGCGCACAAUUGGCCCAGCGUUGUCCGGGUUAGGGGAGAGUUUGGACGGGUGGGGCUUUACAAGUAGGCCGUCAUUGUAAAUAAGAAUUUGUUCUUAACUGACUUGCCUAGUUAAAUAAAGGUUAAAUAAAACAAAAAUAAUAAUACUUCCAGGGAGGUGUUAGUAAAACACAGGCACUGCUAUAAAGCUGUUAUUGACAGACAGCCAGGGAGUGAUGCUCACAUUCCUUCUCACAGGAAAAGCAUAUCAUCUCUCAGAGAGCCCCCUCAACACUCAUCAUCACUCAAUAGACAAGACCCAAUACAUGGAUGGUGCAUCAGGAUUAGGGGUCAUAAUGUAAAGAAAAGUAGCCUAAACACAUGCAGAUACAGACAGUGCCUUCAGAAAGUGUUUACACUCCUUGACUUUCCCCUAUUUGUUUUGUGUUACAGCCUGAAUUGAAAAUGGAUUACAUUUAGAUUUUUUGUCAGUAGCCUACACAUAAUACCCUAUAAUGUGAAAGUGGAAUUAUGGUUUUAGAAAUUUUUACAAAUUAAUAAAAAAUGAAAAGAUGGAAUGUCAAUAAGUAUAACCCCUUUGUUAUGGCAAACCUAAAUAAGUUUAGGAGAAAAAAAUGUGUUUAACAAGUCACAUAAUAAGUUGCAUGAUUUCUUAAGGACUACCUCAUCUCUGUACCCCCACACAUACAAUUAUCUGUAAGGUCCUUCAGUCGAGCAGUGAAUUUCAAACACAGAUUCAACCACAAAGACCAGGGAGGUUUUUCAAUGCCUCGCAAAGAAAGGCACCUAUUGGUAGAUGGGUAUUAAAACUAAACAGACAUUAAAUAUCCCUUUGAGCAUGGUGAAGUUAUUAAUUACACUUUGGAUGGUGUAUCAACACACCUAGUCACUACAAUAAUACAGGCGUCCUUCCUAACUCAGUUGCUGGAGAGGAAGGAAACCGCUCAGGGAUUUCACCAUGAAGUCAAUGGUGACUUUAAAACAGUUACUGAGUUUAAUGGCUACGAUAAGAGAGAACUGAGGAUGGAUCAACAACAAUGAUUCAGGACAUGAAGUUAAUUGCAUUCCCAAAUGUUUUGCAGUAUUACUUUAUUGCCUUGUUGCAAACAGGAUGCAUGUUUUUGAAUAUUGUUAUUCUGUAAAGGCUUCCUUCUUUUCACUCUGUAAUUUAGGUUAGUUUUGUGGAGUAACUACAAAAUGUUAUGUUUGGGGCAAAUCCAAUACAACACAUUACUGAGUACCACUGUCCAUAUUUCAAGCAUAGUGGUGGCUGCAUAACGUUACGGGUAUGCUUGUAAUUGUUAAGGACUGGGGAUACAAAAGAAAUAGACCAAAAGGCAAAAUUCUAGAGGAAAACCUGGUUCAGUCUGCUUUACACCAUACACUGGGAGAUUAAUACACCUUUCAGCAGGAUAAUAACCUAAAACACAAGGCUACACUGGAGUUGCUUACCAAGAAGACAGUGAAUGUUCUUGAGUGGCCAAGUUACAGUUUUUUGACUGAAAUCUACUUGAAAGUCUUUGGCAACACCUGAAAAUGGUUGCCUAGCAAUGACCAACAACCCAUUUGACAGAGCUUAAAGAAUUUUAAAAAGAGUCAUGGGGAAAUAUUGCCCAAUCCAGUGUGGAAAACUCUUAGAGACUUACCCAGAAAGCCUCACAGCUGUAAUCACUGCUAAAUGUGCUUCUACAAAGUAUUGACUCAGGGGUGUGAAUUCUUAUGUUAAUUAGAUAUUUAUGUAUUUCUUUUUCAAUACAUUUGCAAAAAAUUCUAAAAACAUGUUUUCACUUUGUCAUUAUGGGGUAUUGUGUGUAGAUGGAUGAGAGAAAAAAAUCUAUUUAAUCCAUUUUGUAUUCAGACUGUAACACAACAAAAUGUGGAAUAAGUCAAGGGGUAUGAAUUCUUUCUGAAGGCACUGUAUCACUGUGUACAUGGAUUCACUAUGCCUGAUUUUGAACAGAGCACCACAAGAGUACCUUCAGUGAUGAGAGUGCUCAAAUGAUUUAAAUUAUGCAUAUCUUUUAUGAUUUUUUUAUAUGCUAUUAUCAUUAAUUCAAUACGGAUACAUCUGUACCACAAGGCAGAUUCCAAGGAAGAGUAUUGAACACAUUUUUCUCCUGUAGGCUAUGUAAUAAGUUAUGGACUUAAAUACACUUUAAAUGGGUUUCUGUGAAUUUGACAGUUGCGUACAGGCAGCUCGGUGGCAAGUAUUGUUCUGUAUUUCAUAUUACAGUAUUAUACUGUAAUAUACAGUAUCAAAGCAAGUAAUGUGUAAUGACACACAGUACAAUACCGUAAAAUGUACUGUAAAAAGAAUACUGUAAAAAAGUAAUGCUACCGUAAUCGAAAAAUAAUGAAUGAAUGGAUGAAUUAAAUUAAUUGAGGGAGGGGUUUGUAUUUCACAGUAUUAUACAGUAAUUACAAGAGAUUGCAAACAGGUUGGCUGCUAGGUAAAGUGUUUACACAUUACAGUAUAUUCAUGAAUAUUUUGUGUUUUAUAUCACUUGCACUUCUAGAGGCCUUAACAAAGGCUUCCAAACUGGCAGCGACUACAGGGCCAAACAGACCAAAAGGACAUGGCAAAAUGCUCAACCAUUUAAGGUUUUGGACUUGCUGCCACUCCAAUCUGUCCCCUAUACAAAUUGAUGGGGCAAUAUAAGGAGUUAAAUUAGUACAGCCUUCUCACUCAUGUGUGCAACCAAUAUAGCCUAUGACAAGGCAUACCUCAAAAUACACUACAUCACCAAAGGUAUGUGAACAGAGGGCGAACAAUAAUAAUUUGAUGAAUCCAUUUAACUGAUGUGAAUGCAUAUUUUUGAUAUCAGUGAUGAUGAUACAGUAUUCAUCUCUCAGUGUUCAUAUGAAAGCCUAUUGUUACUACAUAAUGAGAAGGUAUUUAUCUACAGUUACAGUUUAAGUUGGAAGUUUACACACACCUUAGCCAAAUACAUUUAAACUCAGUUUUUCACUAUUCCUGGCAUUAAUCUUAGUAAACGUUCUCUGUCUUAGGUCAGUUAGGAUCACCACUUUAUUUUAACAAUGUGAAAUGUCAGAAUAAUAGUAGAGAGAAUGAUUUAUUUCAGCUUUUAUUAGUUUCAUCACAUUCCCAGUGGGUCAGAAGUUUACAGACACUCAAUUAGUAUUUGGUAGCAUUGCCUUUAAAAUGUUUAACUUGGGUCAAAUGUUUCGGGUAGCUUUCCACAAGCUUCCCACAAUAAAUUGGGUGAAUUGUGGCCCAUUCCUCCUGACAGAGCUGGUGUAACCGAGUCAGGUUUGUAGGCCUCCUUGCUCGCACAUGUUUUUUCAGUUCUGCCCACACAUUUUCUAAAGGAUUGAGGUCAGGGCUUUAUGAUGGCCACUCCAAUACCUUGACUUUGUUGUCCUUAAGCCAUUUUGCCACAACUUUGGAAGAAUGCUUGGGGUCAUUGUCCAUUUGGAAGACCCAUUUGCGACCAAGCUUUAACUUCCUGACUGAUGUCUUGAGAUUUUGCUUCAAUAUAUCCACAUCAUUUUCCUCCCUCAUGAUGCCAUCUAUUUUGUGAAGUGCACCAGUCCCUCCUGCAGCAAAGCACUUCCACAACAUGAUGCUGCCACCCCCGUGCUUCACGGUUGGGAUGGUGUUCUUCGGCUUGCAAGCCUCUCCCUUUUUCCUCCAAACAUAACGAUGGUCAUUAUGGCCAAACAGUUCUAUUUUUGUUUCAUCAGACCAGAGGACACUUCUCCAAAAAGUACGAUCUUUGUCCCCAUGUGCAGUUGCAAACCGUAGUCUGGCUUUUUUAUGGCGGUUUUGGAGCAGUGGCUUCUUCCUUGCUGAGCAGCCUUUCAGGUUAUGUCGAUAUAGGAUUUGUUUUACUGUGGAUAUAGAUACUUUUGUACCUGUUUCCUCCAGCAUCUUCACAAGGUCCUUUGCUGUUCUGGGAUUGAUUUGCACUUUUCGCACCAAAGUAUGUUCAUCUCUAGGAGACAGAACGAGUCUCCUUCCUGAGCGGUAUGACGGCUGCGUGGUCCCAUGGUGUUUACACUUGCGUACUAUUGUUUGUACAGAUGAACGUGGUACCUUCAGACUUUUGGAAAUUGCUCCCAAGGAUGAACCAGACUUGUGGAGGUCUACAAUGUUUUUUUCUGAGGUCUUGUCUGAUUUCUUUUGAUUUUCCCAUGAUGUCAAGCAAAGAGGCACUGAGUUUGAAGGUAGGCCUUGAAAUAUAUCCACAGGUACACCUCCAAUUGACUCAAAUUAUGUCAAUUAGCCUAUCAGAAGCUUCUAAAGCCAUGACAUAAUUUUCUGGAGUUUUCCAAGCUGUUUAAAGGCACAGUCAACUUAGUGUAUGUAAACUUCUGACCCACUGGAAUUGUGAUACAGUAAGUUAUAAGUGAAAUACUCUGUAAACAAUUGUUGGAAAAAUGACUUGUGUCAUGCACAAAGUAGAUGUUCUGACUGACUUUCCAAAACUAUAGUUUGUUAACAAGAAAUUUGUGGAGUGGUUAAAAAACUAGUUUUAAUGACUCCAACCUAAGUGUAUGUUAACUUCCAACUUCAACUGUAUAUAUACCACAGCAGGUUGGUGGUGCCUGAAUUGGGGAUGACCCGCUCAUGGUGGGAUUAAGUGGAAUGGUAUCAAAUACAUCAAACACAUGUUUUCCAUGUGUUUGAUGCCAUUACAUUCACUCCGUUUCAGCCAUCAUUAUGAGCCGUCCUCCCCUCAUCAGCCUCCAUUGAUAUAUACACUACAUGACCAAAAGUAUAUGGACACCUGCUCGUCGAACAUCUCAUUCCAAAAUCAUGGGCAUUAAUAUGGAGUUGGUCCCCCUUGUUCUGCUAUAACUGCCUCCACUCUUCUGGGAAGGAUUUACACUAGAUGUUGGAACAUUGCUGCGGGGUCUUGCUUCCAUUCAGCCACAAGAGCGUUAGUGAGGUCGAACACUGAUGUUGGGUGAUUAGGCCUGGCUCGCAUUCAGUGUUCCAAUUCAUCCCAAAGGUGUUGGAUGGGGUUGAGGUCAGCCAGUCAAGUUCUUCCACACCGAUCGAGACAAACCAUUUCUGUAUGGACCUCACUUUGUGCACAGGGGCAUUGUCAUGCUUAAACAAGAAAGGGCCUUCCCAAACUGUUGCCACAAAGUUGGAAGCAAAGAAUCGUCUAGAACGUCAUUGUAUGCUGUAGCGUUAAGAUUUCCUUUCACUGGAAAUAAGGGGCCUAGCCCGAACCAUGAAAAACAACCCCAGACCAUUAUUCUUCCUCCACCAAACUUUACAUUUGGCACUAUGCAUUCAGGCAGGUAGCAUUCUCCUGGCAUCCGCCAAACCUGGACUGCCAGAUGGUGAAGCAUGAUUCAUCACUUCAGAGAAUGCGUUUCCACUGCUCCAGAGUCCAAUGGCGUCGAGCUUUACCCCACUCCAGCCUGCAUUGCGCAUGGUGAUCUUAGGCUUGUGUGCGGCUGCUCGUCCAUGGAAACCCAUUUCAUGAAGCUCCCUACAAACAGUUAUUAUGCUGACAUUGCUUCCAGAGGAAGUUUGUAACUCGGUAGUGAGUGUUGCAACCGAGGACAGAUGAUUUUUAUGCGCUGCGCGCUUCAGCAUCAGCUGUCCCGUUCUGUGAGUUUAUGUGGCCUACCACUUUGCGGCUGUGCCAUUGUUGCUCCUAGACCUUUCCAAUUCACAAAACAGCCCUUACAGUUGACCGGGGCAGCUCUAGCAGGGCAGAAAUUUGACGAACUGACGGACUUGUUGGAAAGGUGGCAUCCUAUGACAGUGCCUCGUUUAAAGUCACUGAGCUUUUCAGUAUGGCCAUUCUACUGCCAAUGUUUGUCUAUGGAGAUUGCAUGGCUGUGUGCUCGGUUUUAUACACCUCACAGCAAAGGGUGUGGCUGAAAUAGCCAAAUCCACUAAUUUGAAGGGGAGUACACAUACUUUUGUAUUUAUAUUGUAUGUUAAUGAGCCAGAAACAACAAUACCAUUCACCCACUAGUGGUCAAAAGGUUUUUGGUGCCCCAAAGAUAUGCAAUUACAGUACCAUUAGAAAUACAGCAGUUCUUUCCCCACCCACAACAUUUUCCCACAAUGCACCAUCAUUUACAGUAUGCUGCAGUAAAACGUUUCAGAGUAUUGAUAAUACCCAAAAUGACCUUAUAAUUUACAGUUUUCCAUUACAGUGUACAGUGUACAGUGAUUGAGGAGUUUGGCCAGAGAAGUCAUGAAUAUUUACAGUCACUAUGUAGAUAAUUGUCUGAUCAGGGAAGUGACAUUGGAGUGGUUUUUCACUUGGAUCUCAUCACCUCAGUGUUAAUGGAUGUUACAUAGGUGUGCUUUCAGGGGAGACAUCACCAGUGAAGUUUCUAUUAUUGUGACAUCUCUAGAGAUGUCAUGCUUUCAGGUUGCCUUUUAUACAGCACCAACCUCACUUAGCAGGGCAGGAGAGCUGUCCCUCACAGAGAGGUAUAGUGCUAACACCUUUCUGGUUUAAAAGCAAAAUGGGGAGUUUGAAAGGGGAGGAGGGGGGGUUUAAAAAGCAGGAGAGCUGAGUGAACAAGGGGCGGGGUCCGCUAGGUUUGACUAAUUGUGUUUUAAAGUGGGUCUUUGAGCACACAAUGGGGAAUGGGAUGGUUUUUAGCUCCCCUGUGAAGCACCAGAGGAUGAGAAAGUUGUCAGAUUUGUAGGUCAGGCUGCAGGGCUUGGUGUUAGGCAGACUCAGAGCAGCAGCCAUGAUGGUGUUUUGAUCUUGAUUUCGCAUAGUGAGGGUGUCUUACUACUCUUUUCCACAACUCUUUCAGCAUUACAGCAACGGGAGGAGUCAUAUCCCUCCUUCUAAUAGUGUCACUUUUUGCUGAUGCAUUUUAAGACAGUUACAACAUGAUCCUCCUCUCUAGUACUGUAAAUGGAUUGUCUUUCCAGCCAUGAAGUUAGUUUUGUUUCCUUGCAGUGUGCCAUUCCUUCUCUUCUGCAAUACUGUAAUAAAGAUAAAGCAGGAGUGCUUCCUACUCUCAUCUGGUGCUCAUCAGAGCCUGACCCGGUUAUGGUGUGCUACGUGAGCAUGUGUGGCUCCAGAGGGAACUGUCCCCUCCUUGUGCUGAUACAGGGAUGCAGAAGGAGGUCACCAGCAGCCCACCACAACCCAGCCCACCACAGCCCAUCCCAUCCCAGCCUGCUCCACUCCCGUUUGCAGUGCUUACAAUUCCCUCCAACAUUGUAGGUCAAUCGGCCUCUCCUUCCAUUUUGGGAAGGGCUUCCGGGGAUAUUUCGCCCUAGAAAAAAAAUAAUUAUCGUAUCUCCCUAAUUCCCAAUUAUUAUGCACAGGCUUAUUUAAGAAAAAGGAUUAUGUUUUUUUGUGUGUUAGAGAGGAUGGAUUUGAAUUUGAGACUCCUCUCCUUCUGUUCUGUGAGGAGUCCUACACACAGAUGAACCAGGCGAGGAGAGGAGAGCUCAGCACGCAGGCUGUCAUGUAAGCCGUAUUCUCUGGGGCCACCUCUCGGUGCAUGCUGCUUCCUGCCGCAGGUAAAAGCUUCAGUGUGAGUGCUGCUGUGCUGUGUGUGAGCGUCAGACUGUGCUGUCCUCUCCCUCCGAUAGCGAGAGCAGCUCUGCUGGGUACCAGCUCCACCAUUCACCAGAGGACACAUUACCCCAGUGCUGACAUGGAGAAGCGUUGCGCAGAGUGCCCAGAGCCCAGGCUAGCCCAGAGCCUGUGUACAUUCUGCAACAAGUGGCUGUGCUACCAGUGUACAGACAUGCACCAGCACCAGAAAGCCUCCCCUCAGUGCUCAGACCUGCACAAACACCAGAAGCCCACUAACCAAUGGGCCGACCUGCACCAGAGGGACCAGAUAGCCCCCAGGUCCCUGCCUCCACCCGAACCAGGCCCUGGCUCGUGUGGCCGCCCCCUCCUCAUGUGCCACUCUCACAGACAGGAGCCCUUGGAGCUCUUCUGUGAAUCCUGUGACCUCAUGUGCUGCAGCAGCUGUCACCUGUCCGCCCACAAGAACCACAGGUUGGUGCACAUUGGGAAGGCCCUGCAGGACCAACAGUGGCAGUUUGAGAGCCUGAUGGCUCAGGUGGAGGAGAGGAGGUCUGCAGUGGAGAGCACAGCCAAACAGAUAGAGGACAGGCUGCACGGUGUAAAGGUCACGCAGAGGAAGGCUGAGAACCAGAUUAAAAUGGCAAAGAUGAUUAUGAUGAAUGAGCUGAACAAACGGGCUAACCUAUUAAUAGAGCAACUAGAGAAGAUCUCAGAGGACUUCCAGCGGCGUCUGGAGGACCAGCUGCAGGGGGCGAUAGAGAUGUGCAGCCAGCUGGACCACGUGCAGAACUUCAUCAGCUGGGCAACGGCCCACCACCUCAAGAACCCACUGCUCUUCAGCAGGGAGCUGAUUUCUCUCCAGAUGCAGCGCCUGCUUGAACCCCCACUUCACUCUGACGCCUGGCUCCCUGUGAAAAUCAAAUUCAACUGGGAUGCCAGCUACUGGACUAAGCAGAUCUCAACUUUGGGUCAGCUCACUGCCGAGGGGGGAAAUCGCUCCUACUCUGAGGGCGUGGCCUUCCCCAGCAUCCUGAGGCCCCAGCCUAUCACCUGCUUGUCCCUGCCAUCUGUGUGCCAUGGAGGGCGGGAGCAGAGCUGUGCCUUCCAGGCCUGCUGUCAGCCCCAGAUGUGCUGCCUUCACUGCAUACCCCCACAGCCAGCUGUGCAGCUGGACAAGACCCAGCGGGAACCCAACCCCUACUCCGCCAGGUGUGCCCAGUCCACCCUCAGCUCUCCCUCACUGGCCCUGCACCAGAGUCAGCUGCUGAGGUGCUGGGGCCCUGACAGUCCUCCAGGUCCACCAGCUGUGGCGCCCUCCUCCAUGCAGCGUCCCCAACAGCCAGCGCAUCUCCCGGCUGCUGACCCAGGCCUGCUCAGCUCCAACUCCAACAGUAGAGGUCUUGGACUUCAGCCCCCAGCCACAGCCCUCUACCAGCCUCAGAUUCAGCCGCUUCCCGAAACUCAUGCACAGCCAGCCACAGAUGGGGCCAGGGAUGGCCAGGGCCAGCAGGCCAGCAGAGAGAGAGAGCAGACUCCUGGGCAGCCAGCUGUGGACAGAGAGGUGUUGACAGAGCAGAUCCAGGAGGGGAGCAGGGAGAUGACACAUGUACAGACAGGGGUGGACAGAGAGGUGCUGACAGACGGGAUCCAGCAGGAGCAGCAACAGCAACAGCAACAGCAACAGCAACAGCAGCAGCUCCUGUCUCCCCUGGUGGCCGAACUGACAGUGGAGCAGCAGGAGGAAGAGCAGCAGGAGGAAGAGCAGCAGGAGGCCAGGACUACACAGCCAUCCAGAGACUGCAGAGAUGGCAUGAGAUCCACUUCAUUGGAGAUGUCUGUGACGACCCAUGGGUUUAGUGUUGAUGCUCAGAGCAGCAGGCCCAGCUCACUGUGUGGGAGGAAGAGUCGAUCCCAGAGCAUCCCACCAGAACUGGCAGGCCCCUCCAGCAGCCCCUCCACAGACAGGCCCCUGGGGGCCACCCACAGCCUAGCAACAGCAGCCGUGGAAAGGGGACGCAUGGCAGACCAGCAGGGUUUCAUGGAUCUCAGACGGAGGGGGUUGUCUUCUGAUGGAGUGAUACGAUCUGUGGCCUCCUUGGAGAGAUCCUUAGCCACUCCUCCCUCCAGAGGCCAGCCCAGCCUACGCCUGUCGCCUUUGACCAUCUACAAGACAGAGCCUGAUUAUGUCUAUGCAUAUGAUGAGACUGGGCAUGACGUCAAAGGAAAAUGCAGAAUACCAAGAAAAACUCCAGACAACAGUGACAGAGAGGUACAGAAGGAAUCUGGGAGUUCCAGUUCCAAGGUUCCAGUGGUGUGUUUGGAAAGGCUGAAGAUCCUGGUGUCUCGGAUCCCACCACAGGGGCGGCGACAGAGUGACCCUCUGCCAGACACCGCAACAGAAAGGACCGGACCUGUUCCACAGAGGGGAUGGGAGGACAAGAUGACUGAGGGAAUAUCAAAAGAAGCCAAGGUCGCAACGGUCAGCCUGUCUCUGGAUAAACAAUAUUCAGAGAGACACACUAUCAAUCAAUCUCUCCCACCUCCAGUACUCAAUGAUUGGCCUGAGCAUGGAAGAGACAGUCCUCACAAAGAGCUCACACUGCAAGUACCCGCCACUGAUCUUGUAUCACCCCCACCUUUCUCUGCACCUGACCUUGACUCUGACUCAGAUCCCAGGUCAAUCUCAGAAACUGUUUCUGACCCUGAACUGGACUCGGACCCACAACCAGAAUCAGAUCCCCAGCAAGAGUCUGAUCCACCAGCUGAGUCUGCAUCGGAGGCUGAUCUGGAAUCAGUUGCUGAUGAGGAAUCUCCUGAUGAGGCAGCUACAGAAUCAGAACCUAGUUUGGAAUCAGAACCUAGUGUGGAAUCAGAACCUAGUGUGGAAUCAGAACCUAGUGUGGAAUCAGAAGGUAGUGAAGAAUCAGAGAAUGGUUUAGAAUCAGAGAAUGGUGAAGACCUGGAUGCUGAUGCGGAAUCAGAGGCUGAUAUGGAAUCAGACCUCCAACCUGACCCUGGCUCAGACCCCCGUUUUCCAUCUGAAACACGUCCGGGAUUAGAUUCUGACCUGGAAUCAGACUGUGCACAACCCCCUGAAUCACAAGGGUCUGCAGAAUCUGGACCAGAUCUGGAAUCGGAGCCAGACUCAGUCCCUGACCCAUCCUCUAUCAGUCCUGACCCAGGAGUGGAGUCCCAUCCAGCCCAGAGGGCUCUGCCUGCAGACCCUGGUCCACAGAUGCAUUGUGAAGAAGUCGAGCAGGUCAUGCCUGGGGCAGAGAACAUGGAGAUGGAGAGUGAAGACUUCUGUGCCGUGUGUCUGAUCGGAGGAGACCUUCUGUGCUGUGACCGCUGUCCCAAAGUCUUCCACCUGUCUUGCCAUGUGCCCGCUCUCCUCAGCUUCCCCACGGGUGACUGGGUGUGUACCUUCUGCAGAGAUAUCCAGCAGCCAGAGGUGGAGUAUGACUGUGAGAACCAGAGGCUGGCUGCAGAAUGUUCAGGAAAGCCAUUGCCUCAUGUGCUCUCUGCUUGUGACCAGAGAAAAUGUGAGAGGUUGACUCUGUUGAUCUGCAGCAACAUGCUAAGUGCUCCCUUCCACGAGCCGGUCAGUCCACUGGCUCGCCACUACUACCAGAUAAUCAAAAGGCCCAUGGAUCUGUCUGUGAUCAGGGCCAAACUCAGCAAGAGGAGCACUCACCACUACUAUUCACCUGAGGAGUUUGUGGCUGAUGUCUCCCUCAUGUUCAGGAACUGUGCAAAGUUCAAUUAUCCGGACUCAGAGGUGGCCCAAGCAGGUCGCAGCCUGGAGACGUUUUUCAGCUCCAGACUCAGGGAGGUGUUCCCAGACAGGGCCUUCCCUGCAGCCGAGGAGGACUCCGACAGCGAUGAGUACGACGAGGUGUACAGAGCAGCCGAGGGAGGCUUCCCCUGGCCAGAGAAGAGAGAGCAGUGCCACAGGAAGAGGAAGAGGAGGCACUCUCUCAACUGGAGGAAGCAUAACUUCUAGUUGUAGGCAGUGGGGCAGAGCCUAUCACUGGCUAUUUUGAAGGACAGUAUGACAUGAUAUUGCACUGGACGUUUCCAUCCAAGAGAGGAAGCUGAGUUUUUAUGAAGGGAUUGUAUGUACAUAUUUACAUUUUGAGAAUUGUACUUCUUCAUUAUAAAGGUUAUCUGCUCUUAAUUUGGCCUGAUAUUUGUGUCAAAUAUUAUUGUAUAACUAUAAUCUGACAUACAUCUUUAUACUUAUUAUGCCUUUAUAAACUGCGUUUCUGGUAUUUGUUUUUUGUUCCAGAUAUAUUUGGAGAUUCUACUUAUAUAUGUAGAUUCUCCAUCAUGUAUACGGCAAAACCUAUAAGGUCAGUAUUAAUAAAUGGUAAACAUAUUUAUAAAUAUUAAACUCUACAUUAUCUUGUUUUAUAUAUUAAUAUUGAGUGUUUUUAGUGGCUAAAUGAUUGCAGGCAAUUAGUAAAUACAGACUAUUAAUGUUAAUAUUUCUGUCUUUCAUUUUUUAAAUAUAUAUAUAUAUAUAUAUAUAUGUCUCUGUCCUAUAUGCACUUAAAGUACAGUAUAGAACGUUAUGUACGGCCUACCUUUUUUUACGGUAAUGAUUUGAGUGACUGGCAGAGGGCGCCCUAUCUUCAGCAGCAAUGACUGAGCACAAAGGAAAAGGUUAAGUUCAUAUUGAACCAAGGGGGUAUUCAAAGAAGAUUAAGAUAAAUAUAAAAAUGAACAUACCUUUAGUUGAAAUUGCCACAAUAGUAUUGCAAGGCACAUAUGCUUUAGAUUUGCAUUUAUUAAAUCCUAAUGAAAUUAUACUUCAUUAGUAUAAGGCCAGUGUUAGUAAUGAUUAUUUCUCAGGCUUAAUGGGAGUGGGAGGUAUUUGAUCCAGUGUGAAUAAGUAGAAAGACCUGGCGAAGUUAAGAGUGACUUAAGAGGAAUGUUAUGUUAUUUCAACUUUCUGUAGUUUCUAUGUAGAAUGUACAUGUUAGUUUUUCAUUUAUGUAAAAUGGCUGCUGCAAUACGGUAGAGCUGGCUGUAUUUUUUUAAAGGUUGCUGCAAAAUAAUAACUUAAAUUAACUGUCAGAUCAAGCUAAGUUUGCUAUUUGAAUAAACAAACGGACUUAAAACGAUUGUAGGUAUUUUUUCUCUGUAGUAUUUCAUUUGGACUUUUCAAUAUGGAAUAUCUCUGCUUCCAUCUCUAAUAUUGAAUCCUAAAAGCUACAAAGACCCUCUCAGAGUUAGCUGGUAUCAAGAAAUGUCCAUUUAAUAAAGAAUAGUUGAAAAGAAAA